AUGUCCCGUUCGACAACCGUAAAAGAAGCUCUGAAGCGCUGGCAGGAGGAACACGAUGGACAAGAUCCAAUCGAAGCGAAAGACAUUCAGCUGCAGUUUAGAUGGCCUCCGAUGGAGAAAAUGGACGGCACCCUCGGGACGCUGGUGAACUGUGAAAAGUUGAGCCUGUCCUCCAACAUGGUUGAAAAAAUUUCCGGCUUGAACGGGAUGAAGAACUUGCGCAUACUUUCGCUGGGUCGAAACUACAUCAAAUCGUUGAGUGGCAUUGAAGCGGUCGGCGAUACACUGGAGGAACUGUGGAUCAGCUAUAACCAAAUCGACCGUCUGAAGGGUGUCGAAAGUUUGCGCAAACUGAAAGUGCUCUACAUGGCCAACAACUCGGUGCGCGACUGGACCGAGCUCGUAAAACUGCAGGCGGCGCCCGCGCUGGAGGAUUUGAUGUUUGCCGGAAAUCCGCUUGUCGAAAACCUCGACGAACCGAUCUACUUUCGCGAAGUCAUGAAACGGUUGCCGCAGCUGAAGAAGCUCGAUGGGGUUCCAAUGCUGGCGGACGAUGACGAAUAG